AUGGGUACUGUAGUAGAUGAAGUUAAUUCUUCUUCAACUUCCAACGGUUUUGUUCCGUUUUCCCUAGAUUCUUCACAUCCAUUCUAUAUUCAUCCCUCGGAUAAUCCUAGAAGUCAACUGGUAUCCGUUCCAUUCAAUGGUUGUGGGUUUGUGUUAUGGCGUAAUAGUAUGCUCACUUCCUUUUCUGCAAAGAAUAAACUCAGCCUAUUAGAUGGCAGAGUCAAUCAACCCACUCCUGAAUCUCCUUAUUACCCAUAUUGGGAAAGGUGCAAUGAUAUGGUCAAAGCCUGGAUAACUAACUCAGUAUCUGGAGAAAUAGCUGUUAGUGUAAUGUGUUUUAGAACUGCUAAGGAAGUUUGGAAAGAUAUAAAUGAAAGGUUUGGUCAGUCAAACGGGUCUAAAUACAUUCAAAUACAAAGGGAAAUCAGCUCUACUACUCAAGGCUCAUCUGAUAUAGCCUCUUACGUCACAAAGAUGAGGAGUUUGUGGGAUGAGCUGAACUCUUCAUAUGUAGGUCCUACUUGUUCAUGUGGUGCAUUGCCUAAAUUCAUAGAGGACCAGCAGUUGUUUCAGUUUCUCAAUGGUCUAAAUGAUUCAUACGCAACUAUUAAAAGCGUCAUCAUUGAUGCUACCUCUUUCUUGGUGUCUCCUAGUGCUUCUACUACAAAUAGGCCUUUCAGUCAAAAGGUGAAUUUUGAGGCCAAGAAAGCUGCUCCAAAUGUCUCUUGCAAAUAUUGCAAGAAGCCUGGCCACACUGUAGACAAGUGCUACAGACUUCAUGGGUUCCCUACUGAUUUCAAGUUCACCAAGAGUAAGAAAUAUGCUUCUUGUGUUCAGACUAAAAGUCCAUCCACCACUGCUGUCACUACUACUUCUCAGCAUGCUGAUUCUUCAGCCUAUAGGUUUACCAAGGAGCAGUAUCAACACCUGUUGACCUUGUUCCAACAAGUUCAGAUGUCAAACAUUUCCACACCUGAUGCCUCCAAUGUGGAUCAAUCUACUUUUGCACACUUUGCAUGUUUGUUUAGUAAGUAUGUUAUAGAUUCUGAGGUUUCUCAUGUGUGUACAUCUUCUCAAUUAGGUGUCAACCCUUGGAUCUUAGAUGCAGGGGCUACAAAUCACAUGACUCCACAUAAACAUCUUCUUUUUAAUGUCCAACCAUUAAUCAAGCCUUUCCUUGUCACCCUACCUAAUGGAUAUAAAGCUAAAGUUGUAUCAACUGGAUCUUUGUAUCUUAGGCAUGAUAUAAUUUUACUUCAUGUUCUUUUGGGCCCUUCUCUAAAGAGGCCACUGGAAAUUGGUAAAGCUGCAGGCAGGCUGUACUACCUCCAUCCAGAUGGUGAUCUCUUUCCUGUUCCAUCUGAUUCUCUGAAUGUUUCUUCUAGUAGUUUACCUAGUUCUGUUUCUACUUCUAGUGAUUUACCUUCUUCUAUUUCAUUGUCUGACAAUGCUUUUGAACUUGGUGGAAGUUCUGAAGCCGCCAAGUUCUUCUCAAGCCAAGACUUUGUAGAUUCUUCCUCCUCCUCUACGCCUUCUCCUACUCCUGAUGUUUCCACAUCUCCAGAUUCCCCUAUUCCCUCACCUCUUUCUCCUCCUCCUAUAACUGAUUCUUCUCAUAUUAUUCCUUCUCCUCCACUUUUGAGAAAAUCAACCAGAACAGUCCAUCAACAUUCCUAUCUCAAAGAUUAUGUUUGUUCCUCUGUCUCUUCCUCUCAUCCUCUUCCCUCCUCUUCCAAGGUCUCUGAUAAUAAGCGAAAUCUGGGUGAUUUAGCUAUUGUUUAUGCUUCUACUUGA